AUGGAGGCAUCAAUCGCAUGUGUGACCUACUCUUGGCUUUCUGUCCAACUGCAGGUGGCGCCUCUUGUCCACAGCUUUACGGGCUCGCUGCCAGAAGUCCUUCUGCAGAUCUGUCGUGCAGAGAAGCUGGAGGUGGACUUGGUUCGCUUGGCUCAGCUGCUGGCAGCGCGCUUUCUCAACGAGUGCCUCCAACUGCAGCGGGCCUCCAGCGAGAUGCGCUUCGCCUUGGAGGAAGCCACGGCCACCGAGCCCGGAGGAACGGAGACCACGGCGCCGCAGCUGCAAUCCCUGGAGCUCCCCAGGCUCCGCGCACGCUGCAAGGAGCUGGAGCGGGAGCUGGAGGAGCGCCGGGAGCGCAGCCCCGGGAGCGUGGAAGCCACUGGCACCCUGGACGAAGCGGAGGCGCUGCGCGCAGCCUUGAGCGGUGUGAGUCCGCGUGGGCCCGCCGGCAGCGGCGCUGAGUGCAGCCGCUGCCAGGCCCUGGAGGCCAAGCUCCGAGAGCAGGAAGAGAGGAUGCUGGAGCGACAGCUGGAGCCGGCGUCACACCCGGUGAAGGAAGCAACCCCUGCAGAUCCAGCACUCGCACGCCUCCUCGUGGGUGAGGCGCCGCCGGUGGUGCGGCGCCGUGCUGCUGUGGUGCUCCAGUCAGCCUGGCGGCGACGGGCCGCAGUGCUGCGCUUCGAACGCCACUUGGUGGGACUCGUCUUCCCGGCCAGGAAUGACGGGCGAAGGCUGGGUGGCACCGUCGGCUCUGUUCGGCUGGCACAGGCUCUCGCAGCACGGGUCUUCCGCGCGCUGCGGCGCCGAGGGCUGGACUUCGAGGCCGCCUUCCGCUGUGCCGACACAGGCUACGAAGACGGUGAUGAGCACCCUUCGGGACGCAUCCGUGUAGGUCAGUUUCUUCUUUUCCUCUGCCGCCAGCCGGGCCUCGCUCUGGCGCCUGCAGAGUCAGCGGCUCUGCUCCGGCUGCUGAAGCGCCGGGACCGCGGGAACCGCCGGGCCUCCGAUGCUUCCGAGAAAGCCGCGGCGACCGUUUCGGCUUCCACGGACCUGCAGGAGGCCUGGCGGUGGGAGAUGCCCUAUGACUUUGCGAGGCAGCUGCAGGCAGCGGCGUCGCGCGAGGUCGGUCCCGCUCCGGCCUGCGAGGCGCUGGAGGCCGUGGCGGAGCAGCUGCGCGGCCGGCGCUGCCGCUUCGCCUGGGGCAACGACCUUGCAGCAAGCUGGGAUCGACUGGUCCGAGACGCGGCGUUGCUGCAGCUGCUCGAGGAGCGGGAGCGAUUGCAGGCAGCCAUCGAGGACCGAAAAGGGGGUGCGACGGGCGCGGCAAGUGCGGCAAGUGCCAUGGCCUUUCUCAGCGGUGAGCUGGAGUGCCAGCUGGAAGAUUGCGAAAGUGACAUGAAGGCGGUGCUUUCAGGACCCCUAAGUCCUCCAGUCUCAGCUACGGCUUUCACGGCACGGCUGCUGCGGGAGCAGCUUCCGCUGGCCCCAGUCACGCUGCAUGCGGCUUCCCGGGCAGCCUUAGAUUCUGUCUCUGUCGGCAUUCGCCAGGGACAGGUCAUGGACGAUCUUCGGCAGCAGCAGGAGCUUAAAGGCAACCUGCUUGGCGGCUUCGUGCGCUUCCAGCAGCCGCUCUCGGCCAGUCCGAGCUUGAUCCACAUCACUGCGACACGUCCGGCGUGGACGCUGCGCUUGAAGGAGCUGUCGGAAAGAGGCAUGCUGGUCCAAAUCUCUCCUUUAUCACCUGCUGGCUGGAAGGAGGACCUCCAGCUCGCCUACUGCGCCGGGUCCGCGGAGGGGGUACAGCACAUCGGGCCCAGCAAGGGAAUCCGCAUGGUGCAGGUGCACUUCAUCCCCCGGCUCACGCGCACGCCGGAGCUGGUGGCUUUACAGACCUACAUCCGUCGGAGAAAGCCCGCGGCCGGCGGGGCCGCUCUUUCGGAUCGUCCCGCGCGGCCUGAGCCUGAGGCGGUGCUCUGCCAGCUGGGCGGCUUCGCAAUCGCUGCCAGUUUGCCUGGGGACGGCCUGUCCCUGCGCGCCGUUCGGACCGGCAAGGUCGUGGAGGAGACCUCGGCACGGGCCAGCUUGGGGCGAGGCAAGGUGACCUUAGCUCUUGCGGCUCCGACAGCUGUCGGCGAACUGGAAAUUAAGGCGCAGUGGGAGCCCACUGCCGAAACGGAGACGACAGAAGCCAAAGCCGAAGGGGAGAUGCAGGAAGUGCCGGAUUUUCUCUCGAUCAGUCGGGUGAAGGUGGCGAGGGCCAGCUUGCGUGGCUUCGCUGUGCUCUUGCACCGGGAUGCGCAGAUGCUCCAACUUUGGUACGAGGCCGUGUCCUCAGAUGCCACGACCUCCGCAAGAGCGCUGCAAGCCCUGGUGUCUUUGCCUUCGCCGGGCUCGGAAGAGAAAGACGAGGAGGCCCUGCGAAGCAAAGGUCUCCAAGCCUUGAGCUUGGAGACCCUUCCGGCCCUUCCCGAACCGAUGCCCUGGAGCACGCCAGAAACUCCGGCACGCAGCCGUGGCGGCGACGGCGGCUUCGGAGGCUUUACCACGUCCCAGAGUGGGCUGUCUUUGCCAGACUCCGAGGGAAUGAGCUCUCAUCAAAUGCCAGGCGAGGAUAGCCGCGGCCAGCGCCCGUCCCCAAGGCCUUUGAUGGUCGUGGAGCAGCCCAUGGCGCCCCAUGCCAAGAGGAGAUGA